AUGUCUGUGAUGCUGCAAACUCCUUCCCGGGCCUCAACCGCAUCUUCAUCCUCCUACCAGGCCCUCUCCCGGCAGAACACCAUGUCUUCAUACGAUGGCUCGCGGUCAGCCCGCCAGUCGAAACGGUACUCCAUGUCGGCAUUGUACAUGUCAAUGUCGGCACAGGAGACCGACUUGGAAAUUGAAGAUGAUCUUGCCAAAGCACAAAAGAUACUCCGGGAUCUCAAGUCCAAAAUCUCAUCCCAGUCCAAGAAGAACUUCGUGCUUGAAAAGGAUGUGCGGUAUCUCGACUCUCGAAUUGCCUUACUGAUCCAGAAUCGCAUGGCCUUGGAGGAGCAAAACGAAGUCGCCAGCCACUUGGAAGACGCAACAGAUAUUCAGGAGGGAGUCUUCCCUAACGACGACAAGACGCAGCGAUACGGCAAUCUCAUGUUUCUUCUACAGUCAGAGCCCAGGCACAUCGCGCACCUCUGCCGGCUUGUUUCCAUGUCCGAAAUCGACUCACUGCUGCAGACCGUCAUGUUCACCAUCUACGGAAACCAAUAUGAGAGCCGAGAAGAGCACUUGUUGCUGACCAUGUUUCAGUCUGUUUUGACAUACCAAUUCGAUAACACCCCGGAAUACUCGUCAUUGCUUCGCGCGAACACACCAGUAUCAAGAAUGAUGACGACGUACACGAGGAGAGGCCCGGGUCAGAGCUUUCUGAGAUCGGUUCUUGCGCACAGGAUUAAUGGCCUCAUUGAGCUACACGAUUUGGAUCUCGAGAUCAACCCCCUCAAAGUCUACGAGCGCAUGUGCGAACAAAUCGAGCAGGACACGGGCAGCCUCCCGCCGUCUCUGCCAAAGGGCAUCACUGCCGAACAGGCUGCGGAGAACGCUCAGGUUCAAGCUAUUAUCGAACCCCGACUUACUAUGCUUACCGAAAUCGCGAAUGGCUUCCUAACGACCAUCAUCGACGGCCUGGACGAAGCGCCGUACGGAAUUCGAUGGAUUUGUAAACAAAUUCGCAGUCUCACGAAGCGAAAGUACCCGGACGCCAAUGACCAGGUCAUUUGUACACUGAUUGGAGGGUUCUUCUUUCUGCGCUUCAUCAACCCCGCCAUCGUCACUCCUAAGUCGUACAUGUUGAUCGAUGGAACACCCGCGGACCGGCCGAGGAGGACCCUGACGCUGAUCGCAAAAAUGCUGCAAAACCUGGCGAACAAGCCAUCUUAUGCGAAGGAGCCGUAUAUGGCCAAGCUCCAGCCGUUUAUCCAGUCGAACAAGGAACGAAUCAAUAAGUUCAUGCUUGAUCUUUGCGAUGUGCAGGACUUCUACGAAAGUCUUGAAAUGGACAACUACGUGGCGCUCUCGAAGAAGGACCUGGAACUGUCGAUCACAUUGAACGAAAUCUAUGCCAUGCACGGUCUUAUUGAUAAGCAUCGGGGGGAGCUCUGCAAGGACGAGAACUCACAUCUGCACAUUAUCAUGUCCGAGCUUGGCCCUUCCCCGCCGCAGGUGCCCAGGAAGGAGAACCGGGUCAUCAAUCUUCCACUGUUCAGCAGAUGGGAGUCGGCCAUGGAUGACUUGACCGCCGCCCUCGAUAUUACUCAAGAGGAGAUCUACUUCAUGGAGGCCAAGAAUGUGUUCGUCCAGAUCAUGCGUUCAAUUCCGUCGAACAAUUCGGUCCAGCGAAGACCUCUUCGCCUCGAGCGCAUCGCCGACGCAGCAGCGACAUCUCGGAAUGACGCGGUUAUGGUCCGUAAGGGCAUUCGUGCCAUGGAGCUGCUCAGUCAACUGCAGGAACUGCGAGUCAUCGAUAAGUCCGACCAGUUCAGCCUGCUACGAGAUGAGGUCGAGCAAGAACUUCAGCAUCUGGGUUCUCUGAAGGAUGCAGUCCUUGUGGAAACUUCUAAGCUGGACGAGGUCUACAAGACGAUUCGUGAUCACAACACGUAUCUGGUCGGACAGCUGGAGACGUACAAGAGCUAUCUGCACAAUGUGCGAAGCCAAAGCGAGGGUACGCGACGGAAGCAACAGAAGCAGCAGGUCCUUGGCCCUUACAAGUUCACACAUCAACAAUUGGAGAAGGAAGGUGUCAUCCAGAAGAGCAACGUGCCGGAUAAUAGGAGGGCGAAUAUCUACUUCAACUUCACAAGCCCUCUGCCGGGGACAUUCGUUAUUUCUCUGCACUACAAAGGCAAGUUUAGCAGCUCUGGAAUCCAACGGCGAAACCGUGGCCUUUUGGAGCUCGAUCUCAAGCUUGACGAUCUCCUGGAGAUGCAGAAAGACGGACAAGACGAGCUGGACCUCGAGUAUGUCCAGUUCAACGUACCAAAGGUCCUUGCCCUUCUGAACAAGCGAUUUGCUCGGAAGAAGGGUUGGUAA